AUGGUCAAACGGAGGAAUGAUAUUUCAGAGUUGCUUUCAAGCCGCAUGGCUCGCUUUAUGGGUAGCGUAUUUUUCAUUUUACACACACUAACUCUUUUGAUGAAAAUGCAUUCCUACGCCUUCUACAACGGACAUUUGAGCGAGACAGAGCAUCGCUUAUCCGCUCUGGAUAAACCAGAAGCCAAUUCACUAUCUGCAGCCGUUCGGUAUCCACGAUUGGAGAGUCGACCAAUGGAAGAGAAUACGGAGUUAGAUAACGGAAAGGAGGGUGAAUCCCAGCGAUCGAUUUCUAAACUCCGCUCGGACCUUGCAACGGAGUUAACAUCUCCUCUCGGUCAGGUUUCAUACCCCCAAAAUCUAACUUUGUACAAUUAUGUGGAUUAUCUGCUCUGCCCUACGCUAUGCUAUGAAUUAGAAUACCCUCGAACCGAAAAAAUCCGGUGGAUGGAGGUGUUUUUUAAGACUUUGGCUGUUUUUGGCUGUAUUUUCUUACUUACACAUGUUAGCGAAGAGUUCAUCGUUCCAGUUCUAGACGAAUCUGCGGUCAGACUGCAGGACCUGAGCAGCGGCUCUGAGAAGGCUUUAGUCCUUGCAGAAACUAUUAGCAUGCUGUUAUUGCCCUUUAUGAUAACAUUCCUGUUGGUGUUUCUUGUCAUUUUCGAAUAUACGCUAAAUGCCUUUGCGGAAAUCACCCGCUUUGCGGACCGCAAAUUUUACGCUGACUGGUGGAAUUCCUGCGAUUGGCUGGAGUUCUCCAGAGAGUGGAAUAUCCCGGUUCAUCAUUUCCUCCGGCGCCACGUUUAUUUUUCAUCUUUGACUCGCUUUUCCAACUCUGAGGCGAUGUUCAUUACAUUCUUGGUGAGCUCCAUUGGACAUGAGUUGGUAAUGAGCUGUAUCACCAAGAAAAUCAGGGGCUAUGGCUUUCUUGCCAUGAUGAUGCAGCUACCCAUUGUUGCCGUGCAGCGUUCAAAGUUUGUCAAGGGUCGAAAGGUUCUCAAUAUGUGCGCACUUUACGUCCUUGUUUAG